GAGCAGUUGCCCUGUCAGCGGAACUGUUUCUACAACAAUCCUCCUCACGGGAGUCUAAAGAAAGCCUGGAAGAUGGCUGCUCGGAUUUUGAAAGCAGUUAAAUGUCCCACAGAAGCACUGUCAUUGACCAACUGUGCUGUAGUCAGUGACAAGGAGCAACACGAACCGUGCAGCCAUGUGACUGUAUACAACGAGGGUCGGGAGUUUGUUUUCACCUUGAAGACGCAUCCUGAGGUGAACGUCGGGUGCAUCGCUUUCAGCCUGCCACAGAGAAAAUGGGGAGGCCUUGUGCUUGGUUACGACUUUAAAGUGACAACUUACAAGUUUGACAAGUCCAGAGACUGUAUAAGCAACAUGACGGUGGAAAUCGACUUUCUGCAGAAGAAGUAUGUUGACAGCAACGCCUACGACUCGGACAAGAUGGCCAGCGAGUUCCUCCAGGAAUUCAACAACCAGGCCUUCACUGUGGGCCAGCAGCUGGUGUUUAGUUUCUCUGACAAGCUGUUCAACCUGGUGAUAAAAGAUAUCGAGGCCAUGGAUGCCCGGAUUCUGAAGGGAGGCAACGUCUCUGAAGCGUCCAAGAUGAAGGUUGGUUUGUUGCUGCCAAACAGUCAAGUGAUUUUUGAGAAGUCUGAAGUCUCGGCCAUCGUACUGAUCGGGAAAUCUAAAACCCGAGAUGCUCGGCAGUCCAUCAUCAGCCCAGACUGGAACUUUGAGAAGAUGGGUAUCGGCGGCCUUGACAGAGAGUUUUCUGACAUCUUCCGCAGAGCCUUCGCCUCCCGAGUCUUCCCUCCAGACAUAGUUGAACAGAUGGGCUGCAAGCACGUGAAAGGAAUCCUGCUGUUCGGACCCCCGGGCUGUGGUAAAACCCUGAUGGCACGACAGAUUGGCAAGAUGCUGAAGGCCCGGGAGCCAAAGAUCGUCAAUGGGCCCGAGAUCCUCAACAAAUACGUCGGAGAGUCUGAGGCAAACAUCAGGAAGCUGUUUGCUGAUGCAGAAGAUGAACAGAAGAGGCUUGGUGCCAACAGCGGCCUUCACAUCAUCAUAUUUGAUGAGAUCGACGCAAUCUGCAAGCAGCGCGGCAGCAUGGCCGGCAGCACGGGGGUCCACGACACCGUGGUCAACCAGCUGCUGUCCAAGAUAGACGGCGUGGAGCAGCUCAACAACAUCCUCGUCAUAGGUAUGACCAACAGGCCUGACCUGAUCGAUGAAGCCUUGCUGCGACCGGGGAGGCUGGAGGUGAAGAUGGAGAUCGGCUUACCGGACGAAAAGGGCCGUAUUCAGAUCCUCAACAUCCACACAGCCAAGAUGCGUCAGUACGACCUGAUGGCCACCGAUAUAGACAUCACAGAACUGGCUGUGGAGACCAAGAACUACAGCGGCGCUGAGCUGGAGGGCCUGGUCAGGGCCGCACAGUCCACCGCCAUGAACAGACACAUCAAGGCCAGCAGCACCGUGGAGGUGGACAUUCAGACGGCAGAGAACCUGCAGGUCUGCAGGCUGGACUUCAUGGCCUCGCUGAACAACGACAUCAAGCCGGCAUUCGGAACCAACCAGGAGGACUACGCCAGCUACAUCAUGAACGGCAUCAUCCGGUGGGGUGAUUCGGUGUCAGCCGUCCUGGGGGAUGGAGAGCUGCGUGUACAGCAGACGCAGAAAAGCGACCGGACACCACUGGUCUCUGUGCUUCUGGAAGGCCCACCUGGCAGUGGGAAGACGGCCCUCGCAGCUAAGAUUUCUGAAGACUCCCAGUUUCCCUUCAUCAAGAUCUGCUCCCCCGACAAGAUGAUCGGCCACUCCGAGAUCGCCAAGUGCCAAGCCAUCAAGAAGAUAUUUGAAGAUGCGUACAAGUCCCAGCUGAGCUGCGUGGUUGUGGAUGACAUUGAACGCUUGUUGGACUUUGUUCCGAUUGGUCCUCGCUUCUCCAACCUGGUGCUGCAGGCGUUGUUGGUGCUGCUGAAGAAACCGCCUCCAAAGGGUCGUAAACUCCUGAUCAUCGGCACCACCAGCUGUAAAGACGUCCUUCAGGAAAUGGGGAUGUUGGAUGCUUUCAGCACCACCAUCCACAUUCCCAACAUCUCGAGGGGAGAGCAGCUCGUCGAGGCCCUGGAGCUGCUGGGCUCCUUCCAGGAGAAGGAACGAGCCGCCAUCGCCCAAGCCGUCAAGGACAAGACCCUGUGGAUCGGCAUUAAGAAGCUGCUCAUGCUGAUUGAAAUGGCGGCCCAGAUGGAUCAAGACUACAGGGUUAGCAAGUUCCUGAGUCUACUGGAGGAUGAAGGAGGACUUGGCUCUAAUAAGUUUGCAGCGAUCUAAACUAAGUGGAGCCACAUAGUGAAGACCAUGUUGCUCAGGAGCAGAAGUGUGAACGAGGCUGGCGGGAGGAAACAAACGAGAGGAAGUUUCAAUCUCUGUCUGCAUCCUUCCCUCCCACCCCGAAGCCCCGAGUGCCGUUACCAGCUCUCCGCUGAUCAAUCAUGAAAGUCAGGACAGAAGCUGCAUGCACAAACACUAACACUGUUGGUUUAUACAGCUACUUGUAUGAACAGAUGUGUAGUCUGAUUAUUCCAUGAUACGACAUUAUGUAAAUGUUCUGCACUUGCCUUUUUAUUUCAUGAAUAAAUAAAUUAAUUGUAUUGUAAUAAAAAAAAAGACCUCUGUAGCGUGUAAACAUGUGAACCACCCUCGUACCACCAGGCUGCUCCCUCAGUACAUCCUUUGGACUUUGAGGGUGGAGCUCUGGAGCAUCUCACAGACGCCUAGACACAUGGAAAGAGCGUGAAGAGCAAAUACAAGCUGGAGAUGCAGCAGUGGCUGAGAAUUCAACUGAGUCUGAUCACCUGCCAAUCAGCUGCAUCCCUAGUUCCAGUCCAUCUGUCCACGCCUGCGUCCAUCUGACCAUUAUCUCCACCUGCGCCCAUCCCAGCUGUACUUGGACAUGUUUUUGAGGGUUCCCGAGCAGCUGGAGCCGAGUUCCACCCUCACUGACACGCAGCUCCACGUUGGCAGGUUUGUAUGGCGGUAGAAUCGUUGCCAUGCCAACAGCGUCAUGUGUCACUGGUGUUCAUGUUUCAUGACUAAAAGGGAAGCUAAUGCCGUGUUGGGUACUGUAUACAAGAGUUUGGGCUAUAAAAUAAAAAUGUUUUCAGAUACCUGUCAAUUUCAAA